AUGCAACCUGCAACUGCACCGCUCUAUAAGCUGGAGGAGUGGGGUGGGCUAAACGUGCAAAAGCCGGGUCGGGACUUGUGGCUGCAGAGAGGCUACACAGCGCGACGCAUCACCCUGCAGCUAGUAUGGAUUAUCCUUAUCCUGGUUCUGCAGCAGGGCGCGCUUGCAGGCUAUCUUCUCAAAUCGAGUCAACGACCGCAAGAUCUUCCUCCCGAUACCGCCGUCACUAUUGGUUCAUCGAAAUGA